GUGUAAGUUGUGACAGUUCCGGGAGAUGUGAGUGGAGCGGUGGGUUCAGGCAGGUGUGUUCAGGUGUGCGGAGCUGUGGUCGCUUCAUUAAUAAGACUAUUGAUCAGAAUCUGAUCUCUGUGAUCAUGCGGAGCGCUCUACUGCGCAGCCUCAGGAGCGUCCGCGAGUCUCUGCUGCCGGACACCAGCGCGAGAAGCUCACACCUGCCCCAGCGGCGCGAGGAGGAGGAGGAUGAGGAUGAAGGCAGCAGGUCCUCUCUGGAUCAUCUGCCGGUGGAUAUGCAGUUUCUCAUUAUGACCUACCUCCCCCCUGAGGACCUGUGCAGGCUGGGAGGCUGCAGCAGAUACUGGAGGUCGAUGGUUCAGGAGCCUCUGCUGUGGAGGUACUUCUUCAUGCGGGACAUGGCCAGCUGGACCUCUGUGGACCAUUUGUCCAUGCCUCAGGAGGAGUUCCUGAAGACAGCAGCAGUGACGGAGGGAUCAGAGCUGCAGAGACGGGACUACAUGUCAGAGUAUCUGCGCUGUUCCCCAGCAUGCCGGCGUCAGUAUGGGCAGCACCGGCCGGCUCUGGAGGCUGUGGCGCAUUUCCUGCAAAACCUGGUAGCCGGAGCAGAGCCGCGGUUCGCCAUGCUCGGACCCGGUCUGGAACAGCUGGACAUUUCUCUGAUGACUACCAUGAUGUACUCUCCACACAUCCUGCCUAUGGCAGGGAUACCACAGCGACAGAUCGAAGGGAUUGGAUCUGGAAUUAGUUUUCUGUAUAACAACCGGCAUAAAUUCAACAUUAUUACUUUAUACUCAACUUACAGCUCAGAGAGGGAGAGAGCUCGGUUGGAGCAGCAGAGUGUGCGCAGUAAGCUGUUUGUUCAGCAGGGGGAGGUAGAGGGUCUGCCGGUGUACAGUGUGACCCCGCAGGUACAGGAAGUGUGUCAGGCUGUGAACGGGUUCAUCUUCGUCUCAAACGCUGAGACUGACCGGGGGCGUAUGGAAGAAUCCAGUCAGCUGCAGUCUGUCCUUCAGCCCGUUUGGGGUCCGGCGUCUCGCCCACUGCUCGUUCUGUCCUGCGUGUCCAGAGAGGGAGCACAGCGGACCCCCAGUGUUACUGUAGCACAACAAUUACAGCUCCACCUACUGGCCAACCCCUGGAUGGUCCAAGAUGUAGUAUCAGAGUCUUUAGCUGGACUGCUGGACGGUAUUGGCUGGCUACUGAAGCAUUCUGGGCUGAGGCUGUGACUCCAGUGGGCUGAAGUAAAAUCAAAUUUACACAUAUAAACUUAAGGAAUAUAGCAUUCCUGUGGUGGUAUUAUUAUUAUUACUGUUGUUAUAAUUAGAAUUAUAACACUAUUACAGUUCAGUUGCCUUACCUCAAGCAAUGUUUUGUACUUAUUGAAUGAAUAUUGCACUGUUUUUAAUAGUUUUAUAUAGAACCAUGGUACUCAAAAAAAAAAACAUUUAGAUGCUUAAAGGAUUCUUUGCCUGGUUGUGUCUGGCCCACACUACAGAUUUAAAAAAUCUUAAAUAAUGAUGAAACCGUGAGAGACUCCAUACAUAAAGUUUUUCAUUUUUUACAGACUUUUCUGUCUUUAAUCUUUGUUAGUUAUCAUCUCCCUCACACUACACAGUCUGCCCUAAAAUAAAAUCUGAAUAAAACAGCACUACCUUUAGGAUUAUACACUCCUUACCAAUGAUUCUGAUUCUCGAAACCUCGAGAUGGGUGUAAUCAAUCAGUGGAUACAGCAAAACCAUUGCUACGCUAGUUGUGAGCGAAUUUAACUCCAAAAAAAACGUAAGAAAAAAAAGGCCAAUAGUUUAAACCAUGUCUGAAAAGGAAAGAGUUGACAUAGCUAUUAUGUACUGCAACGUGAGCUAGAGAUGAGUAUACACUUAUUGUAAAGAACUUCUGUUUGUCUAUUCAUCAAUACAUCUGGCCCGCAAGUAUGAAACAUCUGGGCCGUGAGGUUGUUUAAACUAUAAUGAACGAUAAUGAAAAAAUAAAAUAAAAUGCUUCUCUGGCGAACUUUUGUUUACAUCCCUCCCCUCUCUCUCUGUCGCGCUUGGUGUGACUUUAGUUUCUGCCCGUUCUUGUUUUUCUGCCGGUUCUUGGGCUCCCUAUCUCCUUAUAAGGCGUUUUUUUCCCAGCCGUUUGCCAAUUUACUAGCCUGAGUAGCAGUAGUAUAUUAGACCGCGACCCUGACGACACGGGUUCGAUCCUGAGUAAGGAGCGGUGUGUUUAUUUUUUGUUUGUUUUUUUAAGUGCUUUCAGAUCAGCUGUUCUGCAAUUGGGUUCAACAACCCUCUGGGCUGGAGAGCUACUAGUCUGUAGCACUCCAUCCCAUUACACUUUUUAUUGGCCUGCCACUUAAUGGCUUGGAAAAUAUCUGGCCAGUGGCCAAAAUUAUUUGCCGACCCCUGGUUUAGGCCCUAUCUUACACCCUGCUCAAGACGUGUUGCGAUGAUCAUGGCUAUUAUACACCCUGUCAACAGUCUAUAUUCACACCUUGCACCUUGGCUCUUAAAGGGAAUGGCAAGCGACACGCUGAUGAGUUCAUUUCACGUUACGUACAAAACAUACAUAUGAUUAAUAAAGAUAAUUUGUAUAUGUCUUUUGAACGUUUCGAGCCUCACAAGGUGUAUUUUUUUGCAUCUUAAAGAUACCAAACAUACACUCACACCCCCUAAAUUGAUAGAUCGCCUAUAGAUUGCUAAAAUUUCAAAUAUAGAGACAGUAUACACCAUGUAUAGCCCUUCAGCUUAGCUCUACAGGAUACUGUCGUUAAUAUUAAACGUUAAUCUAAUAUUAAUAUUUAAUAUUAAACGUUAAUAUUAAAGUCGUUAAUAUUAAACAUGUCUCAUAUUUACGAUUCACGAUCGGGCAGCUCCAACUUCUCUUGGACAAGAUAAGAGGACUAGAAAUUAGAUUAUAGACACACCCACUACAGGUUAACCUGAGAAGAUCAUUGUUUACAAGCACCCUAAAAUUUACGAGAAGAGCAAUCGGCCUCAAAAUCAGACUGAUAAACCUGUAACCUGUUGUGUGAGCCAGGCAUUAAGUGUUUUUCUGCUCUUGUAGAACCUGUUUCAGUACUACAGUGUAUACAACAUUUUUGCUCUCAAUGUUUAGUUAUGUUUUUUUAUAAAACAGUCUCUUUGCUGUAUUUUUAUAUAUAUUUUUAAUUAAUGUUUACAUUGAGCCAGUCAACUAUGUAAAACCAGCCAAAUGUUUCAUUAAAAAUCAGACACAAAAAAAGGAAAAA